AUGAACUCCAAUUGGCCAGAAAUCUUCUUCCACGACUGCGAUCCAAAUAUCCAUCGCUUACUUGAUCAACCUGUUCACGGCCCCGAGGAAUUCAAACAAUUUCACUGCGAUGAUGCCUGGACAUUGGGACGGCGGAUACGUGACGAUAUGCCAGGGCUGCAUAGCAUCAUGGUGCUGGGAUUGGUGGUGAAUGGACGAGCCAAUCUCGUGGCUAAAACUUCAAUUCGCCAUGGCCAUACGUCCAAAGGCCUAAACCCUUCCGCGGAACUGGUUCGGAUUGAACAAAAUGAAGUGUUGAGUAGUGUGCUCGGCCGUGCGAUAAGGUCAGAGCUUCGUACGUAUCUUGCUACGACGCUUAACCUAGACCUGGAGGUUGUUAGAGAUAUCUGCUCCCAGGAAAUAAAAGAUACAAAUAACCAUCUAGAACUGAUCUUUCUGAGGACCAGAUACCGACCGGACUAUGAAGUAGUGCAGAAGUCCUAUCUACUUGCCUUGAUUCCUAGAACCUGGGGUCUAGAGGAGUCAGAUCAAGGGCUUUUUACCUGCGCUAGGCUUGUUGCAAAGAAGGAAUGGGGUCCUAUUGCUGAAAAGGGGAAACUCGAACAGCUUGACGGCUCGCUUGAUGCAGAAGGAGAUUAUCAUAUGGCUACGCUUGGGGGGAGUUAA